AUGGCUGCCUCUAACUUGCUGACUCUUCGCGACUUCACUCUGAUUACAACUUGGCCGGAGCUUGCAUCGAAGUCCAAGGAGGAACUUGACGAAUGGGUCGCUGAUCGUGGAUUGCUGUGGAAGAAGCGACUAUCCCAGCUAUUCAGCUGUGGAAGUCCCGUUAAAGUCGCGAAGCAGGUGAUAGCGAACAGCCUUCAUAAAUGCUAA